AUGGACUUCAUCAAUCAAGUCGUUGUUCCGGCAGCGCUGUCCGAGAUUCUUGGGCGCGUGUUCUCCUUCCUGGCAGACAAGUUCCCUCUGCCUGCUGCUGCCGCUGCCGGCGGCGGCGGCGCCAGGGACGUGCACCAUCGGCGGCAGCUGGAACGGCUGCUGGGCAGCAUCGGCAGCGUCGUCGAGGAGGCCGAGGGGCGGCACAUCACCAACCACCAGCUGCUCUGCAGCCUCAAGGCGCUCACCGAGGCCAUGUACCGCGGCCGCUUCGCCCUCGAGGCGGCCGACCUCGACGACGCCAUCAAGAACAACGCCGACGGUGACGACCGGCGCUCGUCGUCAUCCGCGCCGCUCCACAGAGCGAAGCGCUCCCGCGUCGCGAGCUUCGUCUUCCGCGCUGGCGACGACGGCGGCGCCGGGUUAACGUCGGCGUCGGCGCGGAGGCUGGCGGACGCGAACCAGGAGCUGGAGAGCUUGACGCGGGACUGCAUGAGGGGGUUCAUCCUGCUCGUGCAGGGCUACCCGCGGAACGUGCACCGCGCGGUGGCGACGACGCUGUACAUGGACCGGCGCGUGUUCGGGCGGCACGUCGAGAAGGAGCGCGUCGGCAAGACGACGCUCGUGAAGCACGCCUGCGCCGACGAGCGCGUGCGCGGCCACUUCGCGCGCGUCGAGUGGUUCGAGACGCCGGACGUGGUGAAGGAGGGCGGUCUGCCGGGGCAGACCGUGUGGGAGAGCGACGGGCCGGAGUACCUGGCCGGCGUGCGCCGCAUCAUCAGCAGGCCCCGGCCUGGGAUGACGAAGCCGCUGCUCCUCGUGUUCGAGGACGCUUGGCCCAUGGACGAGUCGGCCUGGCGCGAGCUCGCAGGCGCGUCCACCGGAGCCGGAGAGGGCAGGAUGAAGCUUCUCUUCACGUGCCGCGACGCCGACGCCGCCCGGGUACUCGGUACGGUGGAGCCGGUGGUGCUGAGCAAGCCGACGCCGGAGGAGUACUGGUACUACUUCAAGGCGUUCGCGUUCCGGGGCACGGACCCCCGGGAGCACCCGCGGGCGGCGGCGGUGGGCCGCGAGAUCUGCGAGCACAUGGACCGGACCUACCUCGAGGCGAGGGUGCUCGGCGGGGUUCUCGGCGCCAACCUCGACGCCCGGUUCUGGCGCCGCGUGCUCGCGGCCACCGUGCGGUGCGACCGGCGGCCGCUGCACGUCGGCGUCCUGGUCAAGCUCCUGCCCAUCAACGGCAGGCUCCUUCAGUCGUACGGCUACUGCCGGAGCCCGCCGGAGCUCACCGUGCGGGACGUGCUCGGCGGGAGCGUUGCGGGAUCCUUGGAUGGCUUCACCGUCCAUCUUUGCAGGGAGACGCUGUACAUGGAUCACUGGUACAGCAUCACUUUCAACAGCGUAUGA